CACACUAUACAUUCCAUUACAUAAUGACGCCAUUUGCUGCUGCUACAAGUACAAUUUUACUUGUCGUUUUUAAUUUCUAUGCAACAAGUUUUUCGCUUCCAUUUUUGGAGAAAAAUUAUCAUUUGAUUGACCUAAGCACAAAUAGGCAAGAAGAUAUUAUACCUUCCAAUGGGAAUGAAGAAGUUGACAAGAAAGAGAAAUUCGGCAGUAACGACCUACAGGGCAGUGUACAUCCCUCUCCCGUCCCACCUAUUUGGACGCUACUGAGACGUGUUGGAAGGAUUCAUGAUAAUAAAACUGAGUCUCUCACACGUCACACGUUGGUUCUAAAUGUCAGCCACGACAUUGACAGACUGACAGAUGACAUGCACGACUUAAAGCAGACAGAUGCGUCUGACAUACGAAAUGACAUUAAAGUGAAGCGAAAUGACAUAGAGUUAAAAGACGAAAAAAGCGAAGUUGUCAGAAAUAACGUAACAAAAAUCGAAGUAAAAAGUCAACUCAGAAAAAGAUCAGAAAAGAUAUGCACACUAUCACAGGAAAGAGCACUGAUACUUAUUAAACGCAUUGAGCACGAGUAUUUUGAACUAGCAGGUCAGGCUGAGAGGGUAACUGGUGAUGAUUCACAGGAGGUUGAGUAUUACCUUUACAAGUAUACAUCUGGUGGAUUUAUCAAAAUGAUUUACAGAAUUGAUAAAUGCUAUCAUCGUGUAAAUAGUGUCAGCUAUAAUAAAACUACAUUUGGCGCCCCUUGCAAGAGCCGAGCAUUCGCUAUAGGGGGCAGCUCAUUUAUGGGACCGAUAUUCUUUGGUAGGAGACCAUUUUGUCUGCUCACCUCGUUCUCUAAUGAUUCAAAGAAGUGCAUUUUAGCAAAUAAAUACGUUAAAGCGGUAGACGUCAGGGGGGUCAGUGACCUCGGUAUAGGCAACAAGACCGACCCCCUAGAGUUCGACUGCAAGAAGGUUUAUCUAGACGGUAACAACGGGGCGUUGUCGCCCUUGAUGGACGCUUUCUUCUACGCCACACAAGCACAGCAGAUGUUGGAGAAGUGGUUUAACUACACACGCCUGCAGAAGCCACCAAUAAUGGUCAAAGUUCACUACGGUCUAAAUGUGGCCAACGCCUACCAAAACAACAUCAGCUUAGAGUUCGGCGACGGCGAUGACCAUCACACAUCGCUAGCCACCUCCCCCAACAUAGUCGGACACGAACUGGGACACAUGAUCCUGUCACGAGACACCACUCUGUAUAGCUUGUACCCAGUAACACCUGCAAGUGGAGGCUUGUCUGAAGCUUUCGCUGACAUCUUCGGUAAGACGGUGGAGUUCUACAUCUUCGGGAUGUUCGACUGGUCUACUGGCAGCUGGGUGACCAAGAGCGGCCUACCGUAUCGCUAUAUGGAUACGCCGGACAUGCAGUUCCAAGAGGACCUGGUACACAAAAACAGCGGACACUACAACGGCGGGGUCUUCUCACGUGUGUUCUACCGAAUGGCCAAGUUCUGGGGGAUCAGAGCCACAAUGGAGUCCCUUAUGAUCGCUAAAAAUAUGUUCUGGAACUACAACAUGAGCAGAUAUGACUCGAUAGCCUGCAGCAUACUCAGGGGCGGCUACUACGCUGGAUUAGACAUGUAUGAAAUUGAACGUUUUUUUAAAACAGUUGGUAUUGACACCACUAACCUCUGUCCCAUUGAGAGUAUGUCAGUCACGAGGUUUAAUGUCAGAGCUGUGACCAAGAUCAAAGUUUCCUGCCGACGCCGUCCCUUCUUCCAACUGUACGACGCCAACCACACGUACAUUGUAGUGAUGUCGAACCCAAAAACGGUGAGGAUAGUUGUCACAACUGACCGACAAGGACGAAAACCACUACAACGGCCUGGACUGGGGACGCUCAAGGUGAAGGACACGUCUCUUUGCUGUGGGCCUGUAUACAUUCACUUCAGCACUGGAGUUUUGGCAGAGAAACGGGCUGAAAUUAGAGCACGCUAUGAAGAUUAGAUCCAAUGCCAUAU